CAAUAGGGUAGUUUCCUUGCUAUUUCUUUUCUUCACAUGACCUAUAUUCCUCCAAAUUUUUUUUAUAUAUAUAAUCAAGACAAUAACUAGAUCAUGUUAGUUUAUUCUUUUUAUAUAAGUGGUAAAAUACAGCAAAGCAUAGAGAAUAGAAUGCAAUAGUAGUUAACACCUAGGCAUAGAUACUCUUCCUAUCAAAAUAAGUGUCGUUUUAAUUCAUUUCAGUGUCGUUUUAGCUAAAUCCGCAUUAUAUUUUGGGACAGAUGGGUAGUACAUUGAAUUCUUGCUUUAAUUAAAAAAGGCCACACUGGUAUUCAAAGGUGAUAAUCGUUCAUUGAAGUAAGAUAUAGACAUAGAACAUCUUCCAAAAUCCAAAAAAAUCAUUUGUUUCAAUUUAUCUAUACAUCUACUUGGUAACAUUUCUUCAUUUGCUCUUUUUCAUAAUGCAUUUGCUAGUUUAAAAGAUUGUCAAAAAAGGGAUGGGGAAAACAGGUAGAUGGAUUAAGAACUUGUUGAUAGGGAAGAAAGAUAAAGAUAAAGACAAAGACAAAUUAGAAGGUGAGAAGAUUCAAAACUCUAUUACUAGCAAUGAACAUCAACCAACAACACCAAUUUCAAUUCCUUCAACAACUCCUAAAGAUAAGAAGAGGUGGAGUUUCAGGAGGUCAUCAGCCACCCCACCAGGUCAGAGGGAUUUGAGUGGCACCGACAUCGUUGCCACCACCACAGCUAAACAAGAACUUCUUGAGUCAGACAAUGACCACAAGAAGCAUGUUUUAGCUGUGGCAGCUGCAACGGCCGCGGCUGCUGAUGCAGCAGCGGCCGCUGCUAAGGCUGCAGCAGCAGCGAUCCAAUUCACUGCUGCUGCUAGAGCCUAUGCACUUGAAGAAGACGCAGCAUCCAAGAUUCAAGCAGUUUUCCGCGGUUAUUUGGCAAGAAAAGCCCUGAAUGCACUAAAAGGACUAGUGAAGUUGCAGGCCUUAGUAAGAGGACAUUUAGUGAGAAAACAAGCUGCUGCAACUCUCAGAUGUAUGCAAGCAUUAGUAACUGUUCAAGCUCGAGCUCGAGCCCAACGAAUACGAAUGACUGAAGAAGAAAAUCCAAACAAUCCAAGACAAUCUGUUCACAGAAAAUCUACUCAGGACAACAAAUUUCGACACUCCUAUCAAGAUUAUGAAGAGGACAUCAAGAUUGUGGAAAUGGAUUUAGGAGAAUCAAAAGGCAAUACAAAGAGUAGAAAUUGCUAUUCAAAUCAAGGCCAAACGGAGAGAACAGAACAUCGAUUUUCAACUCACAACGCGUAUACAAAUCAAGAACAUCAUCAACACAUAAUAUCUCCAGUACCAUCAGCUAUAACAGAACAAAGUCCAAAAGCGUAUAGUGGACACUUUGAGGACUACACAUCAUAUCCCACAACACACAGCAGUCCACAAUACUAUAACAACACAAUGUCAAAACCUGAUCCAUCAAGAAUCCUAUACUCAUCUUAUGCUCGUUCAGAGUAUGCAGAACCUGAAUCCCUUUACAAUGAGUAUCCAUUUUAUCCAAGUUACAUGGCGAAUACUAAAUCAUCGAUAGCUAAAGCGCGAUCUCACAGUGCACCAAAGCAACGUCCUGAUCAAACAUCAUUUGAGAGACAACCAAGUAGACGAAGACCAUCAAUAGAAGGACGUAACGUCCCAAGGGCGGUGAGAAUGCAGAGAUCAUCUUCACAUGUUGGAUCAACAGCUCAAAAUUAUCAGUAUCCUUGGUCAAUCAAGCUUGAUAAAUCAAAUAUUUCAAUCAAUGAUAGUGAAUGUGGAUCAAAUUGUAGUGUCUUUACUACUCACACUAAUUACUGCAGAUCACUUGUUGGUUUCGACGUUCAAGAACAUAGGUACUAACAAAGGAUGGAUCAGCAGAGCAAUCUUCAGUUUCAUGUCAAGUAAUUUGGACAAAUUUGUAUUUCUAGUACUGAAGUUCUUUGUAUGUAGAGUUCAUUUUGUUUGUCUAAUAAUCUACUUUUUUAUUUUAAUUUUUGUUAUUUUACUUCAACGUAUUUUUUUAUGUUUGUAAUGAAAGAAGUUGUUCAUACUCAAUUUACUUUUUUUUUGGUGUGAUGAA